GUGUGUGGUGGGAGGAAGUGAGCAGCCGACUACCUCAUCUGUGUCUGGCAGCUGACAGUUGUGGUCUGUUCACGGUAACACUUGAGGAACAAAUCUGACCCGUUGUGCCGUUAGUUCCCGUGAAUUGUGAUAAUGACAAUGAUAGUUUCUCAGCUGCAACAUACGUAAGAAUGAAAAAGAAAAGUAACGGAAUGUUUUAUUAUUAAUAUCUCAACUUUCAUGAUAGAAUGUUUAACUUGCCGUAUAAAAAUCCGUGUAUUGAGUAUUCCAUUCUAAAAGAUUGUGCUGCUGUAAGGUGUCGAUAAGAAAUCGUGUGACAGGCUACAUGGAUGGCAGGUGAGGCGUUGAACUAUCGACGAGGGAGACGGUGAUGACACCCGCCGUGGCGUACCGCGGCUCAACAAGUGGCCAGGAGGGUGAGGCCCCUCCCGGCCUCCCCUCCCUCGUGCCAUCCAAGUACCGUCAAGGUGACAUGGGAUUCUAUCGACUAGUUGAGGAGGCAUCGCGAUCCACGCCGCAUUCCAAAAUUUCUUUCAGCAAAUCGGAACCGCUGUUGCUGAAGAGUGCCAAAGCUGACGUGCCCCUGAACCGAGGGUCGAGUUGGGAUGCUCCGAAGGACGCUAAAGAAAAUGCACCUUUUGACUGGUCGAGAAACAUUAAUAUAUCGAAAACUGUUCACUCCACCAGUGAGGGAACACUGUUCAGAGAGAAGGUCAACAGCAUCUCCGCCACGCCGUCCACGGGGCGGGUAACAGCAAGAUGGCGGGGCGAUGGGGGAAUAACGUCCACUCGAGUUGACGCCAUUACUGGCCGCGACCCUUUCAGCGAACUGUUGGUGGAGUUCAACAGCAGAGACUCCAGCCCACUCACCACUAUGCCGCCCGUCAGAUGGCCGUCAGUUGUGUCGGUCCACGGGAGGCCUCUCACGGGUCGCCGCCGCCAUAAAAGAAGUUCAGCCACAAAGGAAAGAGCCCCCAGAGAUAUCUCAAAGUUUCCUCAAAUUAAUGUCAAUGAUGAUGACGACAACCGCUUCUCACAGACUCAAGACCUCAGGAAACUGUCCCAGAUCAAGAGUUCUGAGUUCAGGCAGCAGGAAGUGCUCAAACUGGUGGAUCCUCGGAAGCCCCAGGAGUCGCGGCGUCCUUGGCGACAUGGCGACCCGAAGAGCCCCUUACCAUCUCGCAGUCCCAGGAACUCCUUCAGUAGGUCACCCAAUGGCAGAGAUCUCCUCAACGAGGACACCACCACCGAUAAUGACGACGAUGAGUUUGCUGACUCCCUCUUACACCUGAACAACUUGGCGGGGAGGCAGAUGGUCCGCCCUCCAGUUCGGCCAUCUCGCGCUAUAAAGGAACUGUUGGCGAGAGAUGAAGAAGAAGCUUCAGACUCUAGCAACACAACUCCAGUUCCCACAGACAUGGGGAUGGGGACGUUGCUGAGCACGUACCCGCGGGGCAUCCACGAUGCGGCCGGUGGCAUGGUGGUGUCGGUGGGCAUGACGCAGCCCCUGGUGGCCCCCAUACAAGCAUGGGCCAACCAAUCCAACGCCUCCGACGGCCAACAAUGGCACCCUCACGAGGAGACCAAACUGUCGCCAUGGACCCUGAGCAAGAACACACACGCCUUAAAGGUGUUCUCGUAUGAAAAACAGGCAGUGCUGGAGGAAGAGCUGGAUUGGGACCUGAGCAACAACGAAGACAGGCCACAAACUCUCCCUCCUAACCCAACAUAUUUCCAACUAAAUCGUCAUGACGCCUUCGUGCAGACAGACUACCGCUACCUGCCUCUCGUUACCACCGCUCCAAGACCUUCCACCUCCACUACCCACAUCAAGGUGGUGGACGCCAGCACCCAGACGGAGAUCACCACUACGUCAGUGUCCACUCAGACCGAGGCUCCCUACCUCAUGCCCCACCUGCCGCCACCCGCCACCACAGGUAACCACUACCAGGUAACCCACCAGGGUAACCCACUGCAGGUAACACCCUACCAGGUGGACGUGAGUGUACAGACAGACAACGAUAUCCUGACAGACGAAGCGCCAGAAUUCGCUGCUCGGCCGCCACAGUGCAAGAAAUCCGAGUUGCUCUCCUCCGUCAACUUCACUACCAUUGAUGCCCACGCCCUCACCAUCCCCAGAGAGGGGACGAAGGAUACAGCAGAACUUGUACGGUACCUGUGUAAACCUGCCGCCGAUGACCUACAAAGGCUUAGGGCACUCUUCCAAUGGGUCACCGGCAACAUCAGGUUCGAUUGGAAGUACAUGGAGAUUAAGCAGACGGUGGGGGAGGUGCUGUGGUCUAGGGCAGGUGUGAGUAAGGAUUAUGUGGCUCUGCUGGUCGAGAUGUGUCACCUGGCUGGCCUAAGAGUCAAGAAGAUCCACGGUUUUGCUAGAGGUCGAGAUUUCAGAGUGGGUAGGGUGUUUGAGCCUGAGAGAGACCCACUACACUCCUGGUUGGCGGUGUUCCUGUAUGGUUCCUGGCGCUUCCUCGACCCGACCUUGGGCUCAGGCCACGUGGAUAAACAGGGGAAGUUCCAUCCACAUCUACAGGAGCAUUUCUUCCUCACCGACCCCGACUACAUGAUCCACUCUCACUUCCCCUACGAUAACCUCGAGCAUAACUACAACAGGUGGCAGUUGCUGGAUUCGCCUUUAUCCCUCGAGGACUUCAACUCUCUACCCAACGUGAUGCCGGAGUUCUGGUCGUGUGGGCUGAAGCUCUGUCGUCCUAAACACAACCCCGUGGUGUUCAGGAACCAGACGGAGAUCACGGUCAUUGCUCCAACCCUCAUCAGAUACAAGUACAAGUUCUUCCCCGCCACUGAGACUGAGGAAUCCUGCAUCAACCAGUGGGUCUUCUGUACACUCAAGGAGGGCGGCGCUAUCGGCUCCUUCACCAUCCUGCCUCCUGUGAACGCCGACUACAUCCUCAAGAUCUACGCAGGAAAUGAGGAGCUUCUAGAUGAUGAAGGAUCCGCUCUCGAUCAUGUGGUGUCCUUCCUCCUCAUAUGUGAGAAGGCUCGCCGCUAUCCGGUGCCUUGGCCCACACACGACGUGGCUUGGGGCCCGACGCCGCGUUUGUACGAGUGUGGUCUGGACCCCGUCAACCAGAUCGGGCCUGUCAUCGUCACGUGGGGAGGCAAGAAGCUCAUCUACUUCGAGAAAGCCUGCGACGUGAUGGUCAUGUUCCAAGUGUUCGAUACUGAGGGUCAUAUGCUUGACCUUAAGGGUAUCGUGGGUCGUGAGGAGACAGAGGAACAUCUGAGACUCGUCAUUAUUCCCCCUGGUAUCGGGUAUUACAAGUUUUUGAUAUACGGGAUCCCGAGGCCCCAGGUACAAGGGCGCUGGCGUCUUCCUCUACUAGCCGCCUAUCUCAUCGAGUGCAAGAUGAGCCUCGGGAACCCCAAACAGGAACUGGAGACCCAUACCAAUACCAACAAGACCAAGAACAAGAGGAAGAUUAAAGUAGUCCCCCGGAGAUAGCGAGGGUCAGGAUGAAGGCAGGACUUAAAACCAACGAGGGGUCGGGAUUGACUACGACCUAAAAUAGCAAGAACUGGGAGUAUUUCUGGUAUACAGUGAAGAACCCUAAAAUGGAUUAACCUCAGCGGGAUAUUUACGAUACAUUGAUGACAUUUUCGAUUGCUGGCCAUAUGAAAAUGUCGCGCCAUUAAUGGGAGCUCCUUCCCGUGAUGAGUGGAAAAGAAUAAAGUUUGCACCGUUUAAUGAGUGUCUAUAGAAAACCGUCAAGUCUGAAGCAAAACAGAUAAAAAUAGGAUAAAUAAUGUUAGUAGGAUAAAUAUAUAUUAUCACCCUGGUGGUGAGGAGGUGAAUUAUUGUACAAAGAGGGAGUUGACAGCUCGGUUCAUAAGAGGAACUGUUACAGCUACAGCUCGGGAACGAUGCAGUAUGGUCUAGUAUUUACACAAACAUAGUUAGUUAAAUAAACGAACAUCGAUGACACAAUAAAAAAUUAUUUAUAGUUUAGAGUAUUAGGAUAUUAAAUAUGACCCAAUUAUUGUUGUUUUUAUAAUUCUGAAAAUAUUAAACUAUCACGAAAAUAACGAAUUGGAAAUGACCGAAGUGAAGCAAAAUGAUUAAAUGGAACUUAAAGAAACUAGUGGUAUGUGGCAACUAUGUAGCUGUCACUCCUUACCAGAGUUUUGAUGAUUUUUAUAAAGACAAUCGACACGAUGUACAUUAUAUUGAGUCGCUCCUCUGUUCAUAAUGUUUGUUUACUUUAUGACAUUAAUAUACGAGGUGUUCCAAUUAAAUGGCACACCUUGUAUAAUACUAUAAACAAGUGGUGUCCACAGGAUGUCUGGAAAUAGCUUAGCGUCUUCAUUUUUUUCUAAUAAAUACUUUUAAACAUUGACGAAAAAGAUCAAAGAUAUCAUGAUUUUAAUACGGAAGUUUAAGUUAAGUCCAUUAAUUAAAGAUAAAGAUAAAACAAGUGAAAAGAUCUCAUGGACGUUUGCACCGACGAGAAAAGUCACUUAAAAACUGUUGAGUCAGUGAAUCUCAACAACAUGAGGAGAGGGCGCUUGUGGGCACCUCCUUACCACUUUAUUUCAAUUUCCAUCUGUAAAACUCAGAGCUGAGCGUCUUGUGUACAUAGUGAACUGUGCCACAUAUUUUAUACAUGAUACAUAAUAAUACCCAGUGCAAAUAUACUUAACGGUGGAUAGUUAGUGUGGAGGCGGUGCGGGCAACUUGUCACAGUGUGGGAUAGACAAGCUGGACAGUGAUGGAAGUACACGACCUUGAGACGUAAGGCGAACUAAAACUCAUUCAACUUUAUGUAAUGUGUCACUGUAACCUCAUGCUUAGUUAUUAUUUUGAACACUGAUGUUAAGAGUAUGGGAGACCUAAGAGUAAAGUUAUCACUAGCAAGUCUACGGACUUGGCGCACCCACAUUCAACCACAACAAAUAUUCACUUGGUGUAUUUUGCUGAUUGAAAUUACAGCAAAUAAUUAUUAUAGAUUAUCAGUAACUUUUCGACUGUUUUUAUUCUGGAUAAACAGAAUCUUGUAGCUUAUUUGCUGCAUUUUUAGUUAGUUAAAGUGUCCCUUAGUUCGGUAUGGAGUUAGGAGCUUCAUACAUCACUGCUAUCCCAAAUUCUUUUGGCAUUUUUACUUAAUCAGAGUUUAUAAAGUUACUCAUGUAUAAAAGAAAUAUUCCACCAGAUGCUAACUUGUAAAAUUGCAGUUUACAGCAAUCAAAGAAGAACAAUUGUGACACCCAACCUAACCUAACCUAAUGUAAUAUUUGAAAAUGGUCAUAGAAUAAAUAGUUCUAUCGAUUGAGUGUCGUGAAUUUCCGAAAUUCUGUGGUUACUGUUUACUGCAAUAUUACCGCUAAACUUUCUUAUAUAAGACUUUGAUAUAUGUGUGGUAAAUA